UCCCUCUCUUUGAACACCCCCCCCCCAAGAACAAACAUCGCCUCGCCGACUGUUCGAUUCUCUUCGAUCUCGUCGAUCGUCUCGUGUUGAUCUCCGCCCUUGUCCGGAGAGAUUUGCGACAAACCCUGUCUCUUCGGGUUGGCUCAGUUAGCGUACGGGCAGUACUACGACGACGACUCGGCCGCUACAAAGUCGCGCAAUUUGUCGCGGGAUCCUUCUCGGCAAUGCGACGCUGGUUCGCAGCGAAAUCUCUCUCGCGAGAGGAAACCUUCUUGUCGUUCUCUUCGGUUAAAUUAUUCGCGCGUUUUCAGGCUCUUCUUCGUUCAGAUCGCAGAGAUGUCCGGCGAUUCUCAUGGCCCUAGUCCCAUGGGCCUCCUGUGCAAUGCCAGCGCCGGUGCCGCCGCUGGGGUUAUUGCCGCUACGUUUGUAUGUCCACUGGAUGUUAUAAAGACGAGGUUUCAGGUUCAUGGGCUGCCAAAGCUUGGCGAUGGAAGCGUCAAAGGUAGUUUGAUUGUUGGUAGUCUGGAGCAUAUUUUUAAGAAAGAAGGGAUGCGUGGCUUAUACCGUGGGCUUUCACCAUCAGUGAUGGCGCUUCUCCCGAAUUGGGCGGUUUAUUUUACAAUGUAUGACCAGCUCAAGAGCUUCCUCUGUUCAAAUGACGAGGACCACAAACUUAGUGUUGGCGCUAACAUGAUAGCUGCCUCUGGUGCUGGAGCUGCAACUACAAUUGCCACCAAUCCUCUUUGGGUUGUGAAGACUAGACUUCAGACCCAGGGAAUGAGAGCAGGUGUGGUACCAUACAAAAGUACACUAUCUGCCUUGAGGAGAAUAGCUCACGAGGAAGGAAUCCGUGGCUUAUACAGUGGUCUUGUGCCUGCUUUGGCCGGUAUCAGUCAUGUAGCCAUUCAGUUCCCCACGUAUGAGAAGAUCAAAAUCUAUUUGGCUAAGAAAGGUAAUACAACAACGGAUAAACUUAGUGCCCGCGAUGUAGCAGUGGCCUCAUCGAUUGCAAAGAUAUUUGCUUCCACAUUAACCUACCCACACGAGGUUGUGCGAGCAAGGCUGCAAGAGCAAGGCCACCACAGCGAAAAACGCUACACAGGAGUAAGGGACUGCAUCAAGAAGGUGUUCCAGAAGGACGGAUUGUCGGGUUUCUACAGAGGCUGUGCCACCAACCUUCUUAGAACCACCCCAGCUGCCGUUAUCACUUUCACCAGCUUCGAGAUGAUCCGUCGCUUCCUCGUCAGUCAUUUGCCUUCUGACCCUCAUCCUCACACUCUCUGAGCUCAAAGCAUGUCAUCAUCAUCACCAUCAGCUUGAACUGAAGAGAUGACAUUAUCACAUUAUUCUUCCUCUCAUCCGCCGUGAUCGUCCAACAGCUGGACCUCAUGUGACUAAAGCAACAUGACAGCUCAUCCUCCAUCGACCAUCAGAAGAAGAGUGAGGCGAGGGAGGUUGAAAAGCUUUGGAUCCAGACGGAAGUUUCAACCAAAUGGAAUAAUAAAUAGUAAAUGAUUAGUGGUUGCUUCUUUUUCUUCUUCUUCUUCUUUUACCCAUUUCUGUCAGCAAUAUUACUGUAUAAAGGAAUUGGAUCGUCUAAACAAGUCUUGAAAAACUACA